CACAUCUCUGUUCCAACAGGACAUCAUCCAUGAUCCUGGCCGAGGUGCUCCCCUUGCCAAGAUUGCCUUCCGUGACCCAUACAGGUUUAAGAAAAGAACCGAGCUGUUCAUUGCUGCUGAGGGUAUUCAUACUGGUCAGUUUGUUUACUGUGGCAAGAAAGCUCAGCUGAACAUUGGCAAUGUUCUGCCUGUUGGCACCAUGCCGGAAGGCACCAUUGUGUGCUGCCUGGAAGAGAAACCUGGUGACCGUGGAAAGCUGGCCCGUGCUUCUGGAAACUACGCCACUGUUAUCUCUCAUAAUCCUGAAACAAAGAAAACCCGAGUGAAGCUGCCUUCUGGCUCCAAGAAAGUGAUUUCUUCUGCAAACAGAGCUAUUGUUGGAAUUGUUGCUGGCGGAGGCCGUAUUGACAAGCCCAUCCUGAAGGCUGGCCGUGCCUAUCACAAAUACAAGGCAAAGAGAAACUGCUGGCCGCGUGUCCGUGGUGUGGCCAUGAACCCUGUAGAGCAUCCCUUUGGUGGUGGUAACCAUCAGCACAUUGGCAAGCCUUCAACCAUCAGGAGAGAUGCUCCUGCUGGGCGCAAAGUUGGUCUCAUUGCUGCCCGUCGUACGGGCAGACUGCGUGGAACAAAGACUGUGCAGGAGAAGGAGAACUAAAGACCCAGUAUGGAGUUUACAGAAUAAAUUUUUAAAACAUA